UUAAAAAUGCACCAACUCAUCCACAGUGGAUUCAAACCUUACAGCUGUGACUUGUGUGGCAAGUCUUUUACCCAGGCUGGAGGCUUAAAAACACACCAACUCAUCCACAGUGGAGUUCAAGUGUACAGCUGUAACCUGUGUGGCAAGUCUUUUGCCUGGGCUGGAGACUUAAAAAAACACCAACUCAUCCACAGUGGAGUUAAAGCGUACAGCUGUGACUUGUGUGGCAAGUCUUUUGCCUGGGCUGGAGACUUAAAAAAACACCAACUCAUCCACAGUGGAGUUAAAGCGUACAACUGUGACUUGUGUGGAAAGUCUUUUAAGCGGGCUCACAGCUUAAAAACACACCAACUCAUCCACAGUGGAGUUAAAGCGUACAGCUGUGGCUUGUGUGGAAAGUCUUUUACCCGGGCUCACAGCUUAAAAACACACCAACUCAUCCACAGUGGAGUUAAAGCGUACAGCUGUGGCUUGUGUGGAAAGUCUUUUACCCGGGCUGGAGACUUAAAAAAACACAAACUCGUCCACAGUGGAGUUAAACCUUACAGCUGUGGCUUGUGUGGAAAGUCUUUUAACCAGGCUGGAGACUUAAAAAAUCACCAACUCAUCCACAGUGGAGUUAAACCUUACAGCUGUGGCUUGUGUGGAAAGUCUUUUACCCGGGCUGGAAGUUUAAAAAAUCACCAAUUCAUCCACAGUGGAGUUAAACCUUACAGCUGUGACUUGUGUGGAAAGUCUUUUACCCGGGCUGGAGACUUAAAAAUGCAUCAACUCAUCCACAGUGGAGUUAAAGCGUACAGCUGUGACUUGUGUGGAAAGUCUUUUACCGAGGCUGGAAGUUUAAAAAAACACCAACUCAUCCACAGUGGAGUUAAACCUUACAGCUGUGACUUGUGUGGAAAGUCUUUUAACCGGGCUCAAAACUUGAAAAGACACCAACUCAUCCACAGUGGAGUUAAACCUUACAGUUGUGACUUGUGUGGGAAGUCUUUUUCCCUGAAAGAGGAAGAAACAACCAAUUGGCAGGAGGACAGUGGGUCUAUCCUUGAUGAUGCAGAAGAAGACAGUGAGUUAGAGGUGGAGUAUCAAGAUGUGUUUGCCGUUUUGGAUGACAACACAGGUCUGGAGUACCAGCUUCAAAGGGACCAAACCGCCUUGUAA